AUGGCUGGAGACAUCCUGGCGCCGCCUUAUUGCCGCGGCCCCUUCUCUUCGGUUGGAGUGUGGGCGCCCGUAUACGAUGGGCCCGCCCGGGUAUGUGCUUGCUCCUGUUUUCUCUGUUCCAGGAAUCGGCAAGGGCGCAAGAAGCAGCCGCCCAAGCGCGGAAGGGUGUGGCCUGUUGGGUGGCCAAGGGGGCCCGGGUUGUCUCCCCAGGCCCCACCGCUACGACGCCCUCUUGAAGAGGUUCGACAAAAUGCAGGACAGCAUGGAAUUCCAGAAGGCCGCCCUGCAGACGGAAGUGAUGAACUGGCGCAACUUGUUUGA